CUCGGGUCCAAAAUGGCCGCGGCGGGGCUUUGCCCUUCGCACGGCUCUCAGGGCUCGUUCUGCGCAUGCGCAAAGCCAUAACUGGACGCCAUUGCUCACUUGAGCGUCUAGUUCUGACCUCGUAGCCUCGCCACUGGCUGUUUCCUGUUUUCUCCACCCACAUUGAGAAAGGAAGGGAAUGCUAUUGCUGUCUUCUGGAUGUAUUCUCUCACAAGACAAACAUUCUGUCGAUUGAUCAAUACCAAAAAACACAUCUGUACGAAAUGAAUAUGUAUCUUGCCCAUGAGCACUAGCAAUUAAUGGUUGGUAACACUUUGGAGAUGUCAAAAGUUUGUGUCAUUUUUGGAGGCUCUCGUGGUAUCGGUCAGGCUGUUGCCCAGCUGCUGGCACAGAAAGGAUAUCGCCUGGCUCUUGCUGCAAGAAAUUUGGAAUUGGCUCAGUCUACUGCAAAUAGUCUGGGAGCAGGUCAUUUAGCAUUUAGCUGCGAUGUUUCCAAAGAAGAAAACAUCCAAAACACAUUUAAAGAAACGGAGAAGAGCUUAGGACACAUAAGCUAUCUGGUUAAUGCUGCAGGUAUUAACAGGGAUGGCUUGUUGUUACGAACCAAAGCUGAAGAUAUGGUGUCCCAGCUUCAUACCAAUCUUUUGGGAACGAUGCUGACAUGCAAAGCUGCCGUGAAGAAUAUGAUUCAACAGGGGGGAGGUGCUAUUGUUAACGUAGGAAGCAUUGUUGGGCUGAAGGGCAACUCAGGUCAGAGUGUAUAUAGUGCCAGCAAAGCGGGAUUAGUUGGAUUUUCACGCUCUCUUGCCAAAGAAGUAGCAAGAAAGAACAUUCGAGUUAACAUGGUUGCCCCAGGCUUUAUUCAUACAGAUAUGACGGCACAUUUAAAAGAAGAAGAACUGAAGAAAGCUAUUCCUCUCGGGAGAUUUGGGGAGCCCCAUGAAGUUGCCAAAGCAGUUGUAUUUCUUCUGGAGUCUCCAUAUGUAACAGGUCAUGUUCUUGUUGUAGACGGAGGUUUGCAACUUUUGAUUUAAAAGCCAUUAUAACCAUAAUCUUGAAUUACGGAGGGGAAAGCAAUUGAAAGUAAACUGGGAUGAUACCUCUUUUGCCUUGAUCUCAAAUCAAACUGCAGUUUAUGGAUACAUUUGUAGACAACUUUAAAAUUAUGUGCUUACAUUACAGUGUGGAUUUUGCUAAAUUGAUUCUGAUAUAACAGCUAAUAAAAAUGCAAGUUCAGGGUU